UGCUUCUGUCGCACCACGCAUAGCUUUCCAUACUAUAAUAACUCUGCAAGGCAACUCAACCCGGCUGCAGCCCUCACAAGGGGCGCAGACAGCUCGGAAGCUGCAUGAUGCCAAGUUUAGUGACGGGUUUAACCAGGUGGAGAAGCUCAGAAUAGCUCGGACACUGACUGAUCCAAAUACCUAAGACUGAGUUGCAACAUUAAAGGAUCUAACGACCUCAAAGUCAAGUGCGUCACUCUUCAUCUUUACUGGAACUCGCUGCUCUAUUUUAUAUAGUUUUGACAGUUUAUAAGUGAGACGAGUGAACGCUGGCACCAGAGGAAGACCCUUUAGUCUACAUUCAGCCAACCCAGACAUAAGCACGAAUAAAUCUGCUUUGGUUCUUUCUUUAAAGGAGUGUUUUGAAUUUACAGUAAAGUUACAAUAUGGGACAGCAGAGCUCCAAAUCCUCCAUAGAAGCUCGGGUGAUUUUCCAGCGCGUUGGCGCAGUGGACAUGUACCAGAGAAUGGACUCAUCAUGUUCUACUCCAGCCUCCGUUGUCCGCAUUCAGAAGAAGGUGACCAGUCAGUCGGCUUGUCUUCGCUCUUCCCCGCGGACACUGGAGAAGUCAACAGCCCAUUCUUGGACCCAGAGCCGCUGUGACGCCGAGGGGCUGGUGUACGUCAUGGACAACCCAACCGGUGGCGUGUGGCUGAAGCCGGGAGAGAAAUAUACCAGGUCUUGAUGCAAAAAUCUCCAGGUGAAAUGCAUGACGGAUUCUUCGAGGGAAUUCAAGUGAAGCAUUCUGUGCUUGGAUGCACUCUGUGUUUCCUUAAAGCUCUGGCAUCUCCCGAGCAGCAGGUGUCGCCACUGAUUUGGGUUCCUGUGCUGCGGUGUGUCUCCAUGGCGCAUCGACACUGCAGCAGCAGUGUGGAGUCAAGGUGGAUUUAAAGGAAGAGUUGUCUGGACUGAUCACUGUGAUUUAUUGAUUUAGUCUAUAUGAGACAUUCAUAUAUUCAGUGUCAGACUGCACGAGAGGAAGAUGAUGAGAGGAGAUGAAGAGUAUCAUGUGUCAUGCGCACUGAGAUAACAUGUUUUCUUUGGAAACUAAGUUUUGUUUUGUUUCCAACAUAUCUGCGUGAGUUAUCUCUGUGUUUGUAAGAAUGGAUACACCUAAGUCUUAUUUUUUGAAAACAUUUUCAGAUAUAUAUGUGGAGUUGAUCAAAUGAAAGAAGGGAGUUUGGGAUAAAUCAGUACUGAGAGUUGGAUUUCGGGCGUAAACGCAUCGUGGUGACAGCUAAUAUCAACCACUCUGAUGUUUACAUGAACUAGAGUGGUUUGUAAGUGCACUUUGGCCAACUGUGCCAAGGUGAAAAGUGCAUCCUUCCAACGGCUGACCAACCAUAAUUUAUUUUUCCUUCCUUUUUAUUUGACUGCAUCCUCUUUUUUAGAAUGCAAUAUAUCACCGAAUGUGAUACCAUAGCACAAAGAUUUUUUUUAAAUGAAAUGUUUUUUUAUAUUGAUGGUCGUUUGAAUGUGAUGGACUGGAGGUCAGUGCUGACUCACCUUUAGAUUUAGGACUUGAUGUUUGGCCGAAAUGUCUCUCAGAAACUGAAGGGUGUCACAGCAGCAUAAUGUCCAAAGGGGCUUUUGGCUCCUUUUGUUUUUUAGAAGCUCUGGAAACUUUGAGGUGGUUGAUGGGAAAGUUGUGAUGUUGUGUGAGUACAACAUCCUCUUGACAUUUAUGUCAAGAGGAUGUCAGGAUUGGAUUGUAUAAACUGUAUGAAAUGUAUGUUGAAAUGAAGGAUUUAUUUUACUAUAUGGAGGAGGUUAACGCUGGUUCAGAAAGAAACUGCAUUUAUUUCUUUGGCAGAUGAAAUCUGGAUAUUGUUCCUUAUGUUUAUUGUCAUUUACACUGGGGCAACUAUUGUGUUGUAUAUGUGAUUAAAACUGGACUGAGUCAGAAUGUAAUUUCAGGCAAAUGAUUGUAGUGUGCAACAAUGUAUUCAAGGCACUGUGCACCAUGGUCCUAUUAAAAAAACAAAACAACAAAUGACUUCUUUUACCUUUGUUCUUUCUAAUUUAAAAGAGUGGGUUUUAUUCUUAGAAAUCAUAUUUACAGCAGAAACAAGCCACAGCAACGAAAACAACUUUUGAGCAAGAAUGUACCUGAUUAUCCUUUAGACUCUGUGAACUUAAGUAGCAGAAUGUCCUUCACUAAACUAACUUAUAACCUUUUGUAACCUUUAUGCAUGACAAGGCUAUAGCACGUUGCCAUUGCAUUCACCGCGGAAGAACAAUAUUGUUUUACUGAUGCAAUAAGUUUGCAUAACUCUACUUAUACAGCGUACAUAAACAAGGGAUAUCCACAAGUUGGUGCACACUUUGCCCCCUUAUUGUCAUUUACACUGGCGCAACUAUUGUGUUGUAUGUGUGAUUAAAGUUGGACUGUGUCAGAAUGUAAUUUCAGGUAAAUGAUUGUAGUGUGCAACAAUGUAUUCAAGGCACUGUGCACCAUGGUCCUAUUAAAAAAAACAACAACAACUGACUCAUUUUACCUUGAUCUUUCUAAUUUAGAAGGUUUUAUUCUAAGAAAUCAUAUUUACAGCAGAAACAAGCCAUAGCAACGAAAAACUUUUAAGCAAGAAUGUACCUGAUUAUCCUUUGGACUCUGUGAACUUAAAUGGAAUGUGACCUUUGACCUUUGAUGUCCUUCACUAAACUAACUUAUAACCUUUAUGCACGACAAGACUAGCACGUUGCCAUUGCAUUCAACAAUAUUGUUUUACUGAUGCAAUAAGUUUGCAUGACUCUACUUAUACAGCGUACAUAAAAAAGGGAUCUCCUCUAGUUGGUGCACACUUUGCCCUUUGUGUGUGGCGUCUUAUCGGUGAUGCAUGUUAGUCAGCAUGGAGCUAUAAUGGCUCAUCUAUUAAACUCAGGGCAACGCACUAAGCAAACACUGAGUGAAGCAAGAGAGAGCACUGUAUAAGUGAAAGAUGUGCCUAUCCCACUUGAGUUGACUGUUUUGCCAUGGGACUGCGAGGAUCUAAACAACCAGAUGCCCAAGUUCUCCUCCUGGGCCUGGACAACGCUGGGAAGUCGACUCUCCUCUACAAACUGAAGCACAACAUUUGUGUAGGCACCGUGCCAACCAUUGGCUUCAACGUGGAAAUGUUCGAGGCGAGGAAGAACAGUAAGAACAUCACGUUGACUCUCUGGGAUGUCGGUGGUCAGCGGAAGAUGCGAGAGCACUGGAUGAGUUUCCACCAGGAUGCAGCGAUGGUGGUGUUCGUGGUGGACAGCUCUGGUCAGGAGCGUCUGGAGGAGGCGCGCAGAGAGCUGGAGAAGACGCUGAGGAGCGAGCAGCUGCGAGGUCGUCCUCUGGUUCUCAUCGCCAACAAACAGGACGUGAACGGAGCUCUGACCGUCACUGAGAUCAAGGACAAGCUGAACCUGAAGAAGAUCUGCUCGGGUCGGGAUUGGUUCAUUCAGCCUUGUUCCGCAUCGACGGGAGUUGGAGUUGAAGAGGCCUUCAGACGAGUGGUGCACAUGGUCAAAUAAAACAUUACGGCGGAAGUAGGCAGAACGUUUUUUUUGGCAUCAUUGGGCGAAAAUCUCCAUAAUAACCUUUCAGCAUUUUGUAAUUCAAGUGUUCUGGGAGAUAACUAGACUUCUGCACCUCCUCAUGGCUCUGUU